AUGGGAGGAUCAAAGAAGAAAACUCAAGUAUGGAAGAAAGCUGUGAUCCAUUUCUCUCUUUGUUUUGUAAUGGGUUUCUUCACUGGCUUUGCUCCUGCUGGUAAGGCCUCAUUUUUCUCUAAUUUCGGUACCACACCCUCUACUUCUACCAAAUCGCAGAUUCCUCCCCAACCUUUAGAAAACUCUACAUACACACCAAAUCCUCUAGUAGAUAAAGCCAUGCUCACUUCCCAAGGCCAAGCACCAGCUCCUGCGCAGUCACAAGAAGCCGAACCAGAAACAAAAUCUCUCUCCGAGACGGAAGAAGAAGUGACACCAAGAGGUCUAGUGAUUGUUGUAACUCCGGUUAUGACGGAAGAGCGUUACAAAAACGUUCUUCUUAGGAGAAUGGCCAAUACUUUGAGGCUAGUCCCGCCUCCGCUAUUGUGGAUACUCGUGGAGAAACACUCCGAUGCUGAAGACGAAAACUCUUCAUCUACAGUGUUAAGAAAGACUGGUCUCAUGUAUAGACGUAUAGUCUUCAAGGAGAACUUCACGAGCUUUGAGUCAGAGCUUGACCAUCAAAGAAACCUAGCGUUGAGACACAUUGAGCAUCACAAACUAAGCGGGAUAGUCCAUUUCGCGGGGCUUAACAAUAUCUACGAUCUUGAUUUUUUCGACGAGAUUAGAGAUAUCGAGGUAUUUGGAACUUGGCCAAUGGCGUUGCUAUCGGCUAAUAGAAAAAGAGUGAUAGUAGAGGGGCCGGUUUGUGAAUCUUCACAAGUGUUGGGGUGGCAUUUGAGAAAGAUUAAUAACGAGACAGAGACAAAGCCUCCGAUUCAUAUCUCAAGCUUUGCUUUCAAUAGUUCCAUACUUUGGGACCCUGAGAGAUGGGGUCGUCCUUCUUCUGUUGAAGGCACAAAACAGGAUUCGAUUAAAUAUGUGAAACAAGUGGUUUUGGAGGACGAUACAAAGUUGAAGGGACUUCCAGCACAAGACUGUUCCAAGAUUAUGCUUUGGCGUCUCAAUUUUCCCACAAGAACACAUUUAAGCACCUGA